AUGUCCGAACAAAACAAACCUCCAGCACCACGAAUAGCGAUCAAAUUCGGCGCGCCAUCAAAUAAUAACAGCACGAAGAAACUUUCAAGACCAAAUCCACCCUCCGCUCUUGGCAAACGAUCGCGACCACACGCUUUAGGAGGCGGUUCUGACUCCGAGGACAAUGACGAUGAUGGCCGUGGACAGCACGAGAAGAUCACUGGCUUUGGAGUAGAUGGCGCAGAGACAGAGCGCAAGGCGAGAGAUGCAAGGACAGAAAAGAAGGACUAUGUGAUUGCCCGACAAGGGAAUCGCGACUGGAGAUCAGAGGCCAAAGCGCAGAGGAAGGGCAAGAAUCUGCUCCCCGCUGAAGCGAGAGCGCAGCAAAACGGCACAACUUUUGAGACAGAACCUGCGGAUCAGGAUAAGGGGCUCAAAUGGGGUCUGACAAUCAAGGAGAAAAUCGAGGAGGACACCAAAGAUGCCGCCUUAGAUCCGAACGCGCAAAACACACCCCAAGAGGACGACAACAAGGCUCCAAUCUUCAAACGAUCAACAGAUGACGAAGCUAUGGAUGCGCUAUUGGGAAAUACAGAGGAGGAGGAAAAGGUCAUCCAUCCAACUGAAGAGGAUGCCUACCGUCGUGACAUUCAAGAAGCAGGGGAAGCAUCAACGCUCGACGACUACGAAGCAAUGCCAGUGGAAGAAUUCGGCGCAGCUCUUCUCCGAGGUAUGGGCUGGGACGGAAAGCCCCGUGGCGCAGUAAAAGAAGUCAAGCGACGGCCCAAUCGACUCGGUCUCGGGGCCAAAGAGCUCAAGGGCGAAGAGGAUUUGGGCGGGUGGAACCAGAAUGGCAAAAAGAACAAACGACCACGCCUGGACGAAUAUCGUCGAGAGGAAAGCAAGCGGAAGGAGGGACGUCACCACGAGGACAGUUAUAAGCGCGAGCGUGAGAUGGAUAGGGAUCGAGACAGUAAGCACGGACACCGGGAUCGUGACCGCGGAGGUCGUGAUCGCGACAGGCCCAGAGACUACGACCGACAUCGUAGUCAUCGUGACCAUGAUCGAAGACGGUGA